GUCGAUAACCAUCAUCCUGUCUGUUGGUCUUUGCCUGCCACGACCAUUCUUUUCGCCCCUUCACGUCUCCAACCAGAAGUGCCUAGUGGCUGCGGAUUACUCUCAAUUUUAAUCUCGAGCUUGUCCCCUACACCUUCUCACAGGUUCGACGAGAGCUCCGACUUGCAACCACGAUCCAUACUCCUCGAACCAGUCCAAGUAAACAGCGUUCCACCUCGCUAGUAACGCAGCAAUCAAUCCAGAGUGACCGCUUGCCUGCAGCUUCGACCUUCCUGUGACCUCAUCUCAACCUUCGGAACUACCUUCGGAACGAAGAGCGAACAGUUUAGGCUGGACCUACGCUGUACUGUACCUCCACCACUAGGCGCAACCUUACAUCGAAACUCCUCUCCCUCUCCUCGCCCUCUCUGCACAAUCCACAACUAUCGUCUAGAGACUUUAUCAAGAUGGCAACUGGAUGGAGUCUCAUCAUCGGCCUCAUCGUCGUCGUAAUCGCCUCCGUUCUGGCCUGGAUCUUCAGCCCUAAGGGAGAGAACCAAACUGUCUUCAGAAGUACCUUGAUCUUGUCGUUCACAUGCUGUUAUCUCAUGUGGGCGAUUACGUUCCUCGCGCAGUGGCAUCCGCUUAUCACGCCCAAGAGGGCGGAUAUUCGGCCUGAUCGGGUGCCGGAGUAAUCUUUCUCUCUGGUUGUAUAGGUUGGGGUAUUUGGAGGUCGUUUGAAUGGGGUGGUGGGCUUUGGAGCGGAUAGUUUGGGUUUGGAUGGGGUAUGGUGGUUGAGUUCCGAUACUUAGACCGUGUCCCGCCUUGCUUGUUCACAGGCAAAACUGACGGGGUUUUGCCGAGUGGGCUAUUUUCGGGCUGCCCUCUUUUUUCUCAAUCUUGUAUAGGUAGGUUCUUUGUUCACAUGUUCAAGUUUUUCAUUUAAUUAUUAUUUUGAUGAGAAUUUUGCGAAUCGCAUCAUCAUUGUACCUACAUCUUAUUUUCUCUUACGGUGGGGCUUGUUCUACGUGUAUUGCAUAUGGACUUAUGGAGAAGUGGUAUAUAGAGGAGUCAAAUAAUCG